GUUGGCAAUUUGACUGACGUUCGUUCAUUGGAUUCGCUGGUGUCCUGCGCACAGUGAGCAGUGACGCAGGCUGCAGAAUGCCAGCCCUGAAAUUGACGCUGCUUUUCGUGAUCUUCCGUCUUCACACUUCAAUGCAGCUUGCAGCGGCCGCAGUCUGCAGCCGGAACGAGAGAGAUCACCGUCCAUCCUGCCCAAAGGCCCGAUCUGGCCUACUACAAAACAUGCCUCCUCAUUGAGCUCACUUGCAGACCCCAUUGAGGCACUUCAGCAUACUACCCACACAUUCCACCAUCCCGCAGUCUUCGCCCGCCCUGCAGAUCAUCAAGCUGCCCAGCGUCCAGCCACGGAAAGAUACACCAAUCAUGGCGGCUACUCUUUCUGAGUUCAAGCGGUACAAGCCUUGGGAGGUCGAUGGGAAGUUUUUCGGCGAUGGACGCGAGGUCGCCCUGCUCGACUACGUCUACGGCCAUCCAGAACUUGACCAGAUGCGGGGCAGCCCCGCGAAGGUCUGCCAGGCGAUCGACGCCUUCGCCCGAUCCCACACCGGUCUGAUCAAUGUCGGCCUGAUGAAGGGAGCCAUUGUCACUGAGCUCAUUGCCAGAAACAAGCCCUCCGUCAUGCUUGAGCUUGGCGGCUACGUCGGCUACUCGGCGAUCCUCUUCGGGGAUGCCCUCAGGCAGGCUGGGGGCAGCCGCUUCUUCAGCGUUGAGAAGAAUCCGCUGUUUGCCGCUGUGGCGGCCAGCCUGAUCGACCUCGCUGGGCUCCGGGACACGGUCCGGGUGGUCGUCGGCACGGGCGCCGAAGGCAUCCAGCGUCUCCAUGGCGAGGGGGCGUUGGGCACCCAGAUCGAUAUGGCGUUUUUCGAUCACCACAAACCCUCUUACACCAACGAUCUCAAGCUCUGCGAGCGCCUGGGUCUGAUUGGGAAGGGCACGGUCCUGGUUGCGGACAACAUGAUCCUCCCGGGGAACCCAGAGUACGCGGCGUACGUGCGGGCCAGCGUCGCCGAGAAGCUUCAGAAGGCUGCGGGCGGAGAGGAGAUGGGCAACCCGAAUCUGGAGUACGUCAGCCGAUUCGUCCCGAGCUACGAACCCAGCGGAGAGCAAGAUGCCCUUGAGAUCACUGAAUGCACGGGAAUCGCGGCUUGAGGGGGGCUGAGACAGGCGCCAUAUACUACAACACACCCCGCUUGCUCAUGCAGGAUUGCCCCCCAAUCGUUGUGUACAUGUCGCAGAAUGGCUUCCGCUUACAUAGACGAAUGGACAUGAUUCAGAUUUGAGUGU